AUGGCGCGCCGACGGCCCCGCUCGCGCGCGCGAUCGAUCGCGGUGAUGGUCGUCCUCGCGCGCGCGGCGUCGGCGCGCGCGCAAAGCGUGGGGCGACGCGAAUCGCACGCGAUCGAGGGGCGGUUUGAUUUCACACCGCUCACCGCGAUCGGGCUGAAUCCGAACGAGAUCACGGUGACGGUGUCCACGGAGUCGCACGGGAAGCGAUUCGCGCGCGUGCGCGCGGACGGGACGUUCGCGCUGCGGGACGUCCCGGCGGGACGACACCGAUUGGACGUGGACGCGCUCGGGUUGAAUUACCCGCCGCUGGCGGUGACGGUUCGAGGAGAGAACGACGACGAGGGUGAACCGGGAAGCGUGGUGGCGACGUACGCGGAAGACGUGGAGGUGGUGGUGGAGACGAUGCCGUUGAAAAUGGUCCCGGCGAGCGUCGCGGAGUACUUUGAGCCGGCGACGACGCUGCGGCCGGCGGAUGUGGUGAAGCAUCCGUUGUUCUUGGUGAUGUGUGCGAUGGUGCUCGCGGUGCUCAUGCCGAAAUUGUUGGAGAUGAUCGAUCCUGAGGAGUUGGAGGCGUUACGGCGGGACAUGGCGAGGGCGGGGGCGAAGAUGGAGCGGACGACGAAUGCGCCGCGUCCGGAACGAGUCGCCGCGACGUCGACGUCCAACGCAAACAAGAUGGACUGA